AUGCAUCAAAUUAUACUAAAUAUUGAAGAAGUAAUUCGACAAAUUCGAUUCAAAUAUAGCAAUAACCGAUUUGAACUUAAUGAAAAUAUUCGAAUCUAUAAACGUUUUGCAUUAAAUGGAAUCGAAAAGGCUGUUUAUUGGUACGUUCUAAAUAUGUAUCAUUUAUCGGAUCAGGAAAGUUACAAAGCUAAAAUAUUACAACCACAAUAUCCGGAAAUUAUAUGGCUUAAUCACUUUAGUAAUAAUUUUGGUCAAAUGUAUGCCCUUCGAAAUUAUACUGAACAGCUAUCACUAAGAUAUUGGGAAAUUGCGCUAGAAGAGAAUGCUAGUCCAAUCGUUGUGCGCCGUAAAAUGAAAGCUGCAUUGUUUCGUUUCAAAACAUUAACUGGUUUAACUCAUCUUUUUACUCCAACUUGGACAUUCUGGAAUGCAAUGUUUUUAGCUGUGACAACAUACACAACUAUCGGUUAUGGUAAUAUAACAGCUCAGAGUAAACUUGGUAGAUUAGCGGUGAUGUUGUAUGCAACAAUCGGUAUACCACUUGUAUUAAUGAUUCUACAUAAGCUUGGUCGACAAUCAUUUCGAGUUUUGGAACGAUUUUGGAUUCAAUUCAUGAGUUUAAUGGAGCAUAUAGCAUGGAUAUGUUGCGGCAAAUCAAUAAAAAAGAAAAAUUGGAAUUCAUUUCAUGAUGACAAUAUUCCAUUAUUAUUACCAAUUGGUAUUACUAUAGGAUGGGUAUUCAUAUGUGCUGCAGUUUUUUUAAAAUUCGAAAAAGAUUGGGAUUACUUCAAAAGUUUCUAUUUUUUCUUCUGUUCACUUACUACUAUCGGUUACGGUGAUGUAACACCAACAAAUUCGGUUGAUAUGUUUGUUAUAUUUGGAUUGAUAAUGAUAGGACUUGCAUUAUUUAGUAUGUGUAUCAAUGUUCUUCAAAUUAAACUCGAAUGGUUAUUUGAAGAAUUGUUGGUGACACUCCUGGAGGAGUACAAACAAAAAGGUGUCCCAGCUGAAAGAAUUAAUGUUCCGAACAAGAUAGAUUUUGUUUCUCUGUGGCGUAUGUGGCGUAAACGACGACGUCAACCAAAAAUUCAGCGUAAGGAUACAUUCGCAAGCACCAUAUUACCACGAAUCAAACGUGAUCGCCGAGCACUAGUAGAGCAUAUACGUCAUGCACUCUGCAUGAUAAACAAAGGUACCCAAACUGAUGAACAUAUUGCUCAAGCAUGUAUAAAUAUGGGAAGUAAAAAAUAUUUCGAUGGUGUAUCCUGGUCUGAUUUAUCAAUGCUACCUGAAAUAGAAAAUGAUGCACAUCCUGUUAAAGUCAAAAAAAUGGAAAAUAUUGAUCAUCAAGUAGUGAUUGUAUCACCGCAAGUGUACGAAUCACAAGAAUUAUGUAUGACGACAGUUAACGACAGUUCACAUAUAUUACGGAAUAAUUCAAUUCCAAAUAAUCAGCAAUCAUCUUCAAUAGAUAAAUCACAGCGGUUAUCAUUUGUUAAAACAACAGAAACUAUUCCACUUUUAUCACAAACAAUGGGUAAAUCCUAUUACAUGUAUACGACACCAAAAGCAGGACGAAUAUAUACCGAUGAAUUGCAUCGAUUGUUAGCCGAAGUGAAAGUACGAAUUGAUGAUUGCCGCGCAUUGACAGAUAGCAAAAAUGAUACACAAUUGGAUGAUAUUGGACAAUCUUCAACUAAUGAAAAAAAUUCUUAA